AUGAAGCUGUGCAGUCAUCUGUCAUUGCUAUCAUUACUACUGUUAACACUAAUAAUUUCAAUAAUUCCUAUUUGUCAAAGUUGUCUUCUAUGUUAUUUUCGUCUUCCAACAAGGCCUAAAUCAAUCGAUUAUUUAUGGCCAACAGUUUUGGAUGACAUUAAUUUCCCGGAAACAGCAGCUGAAAUGUGUGAGGUCACUCAGCGUUUGCCAUUUACAACUAAUUGUCGUAACGGUUUAGCUAAAAUUUUCUGCUCAUUAUCUAAUUUCUUGGAUUAUAAUUGGCAAGAAUGUAAUUUGGAAAGUGUUGGAUACGAAGAAUGUAUGGACUGUGCACGGAAUAAGACGAAUAUUAUACGUCAAACUUCAUGGGUUAUUACUUGGUUGGAUUCACUUGGUAAGAUGCCGCCAGCUGUAAGUGAAGGAAAUUAUUAUUGGUUGGGUGAUUACGAACAGUGUUCAGUCUUACGACAAACAAAUGCAUUUGAUGGUCGUUACUGUCGAAUUCUUUUGGAAAUUCCGGAUGCCGAAACGUAUCGAUACUGUCCGCAAUCGAAUACUUUGAAUAUUCAUCUAGGCUUAUGCGCUCCAUCGAUGUGUACACCACAAGAAAUUACCCAAUUAGCUCAAAUGGUGACACCAUAUGCGACAAGUGCAGAAUGUGAAACACCUCUUGACUGGCCACUUUCAUCACGAGUUUUUCUAAUUGCAUUCGUUUUUUGGUUGUGCUUGUUAUUCACUGGCACUCUUAUUGAUGCAAUUGCUCAGUGUUUAUCGAUUCCUCGAAAUGGUAAUAUAGCACUAAGUACGAAACGUUCACAUAAUUAUCAUUCUAUCCAAGGCUUGGAAGUUAUCACUGUAUCAGUUAUUGUUACAGCUAAUUGCUUCAUUUAUAUUCUACCGUAUAUUGAAAACGUCUUAUUCUCAUAUGAAAGUGUCUAUAGCUGGCAACUCCAUCCAUUAAAUAAUUUCACUUAUCACAUUGAUGGCCUAAUUGCUGUUGAUACCUUACUUACGUCAUUAUUAGUACGACACAUGCUUGAAACGACGAAUGAUAUCAAAAAGCUAUAUUUUAAUCGGCUAUUACACGUACUUCCGGUAUUUGCAUUCACAAUCCUGUUUAUGACAUUCUUAUAUGAACGUUUGUCAUCUGGGCCAAUAUGGAUGCAUAAUGAUUUAAUCAGACGUUGCAAGGAUUCAUGGUGGAAAAAUAUUUUGUUUAUCAAUAAUUUUUUUUCAUCCCAUCAAACGUGCUUGGAUGGAGGCUAUCUAUACUCGUUGACCAUGCAGUUCUUCUUAUUACUUUUGCCAAUGCUUUACAUAUCCAAGCGUUACUAUACGGCGAUGUUAGCUGUCGCUGUAUCAAGUUUUUUUGCUUCAAUCAUUUACACAUUUUAUGAAAUGUCAACUAUGAAAAUGUCACCAACUUUAUUGCUCACAGCUAAUCCAAUACCUCCUGAAAUUUAUAACGCAUACACCGAUUUGUUAUAUACAAAACCAUGGGCUCGUGCACCAGCAUUUCUUAUUGGUUUCUUAUUCUCUUUCCUAUUUACUGAUCAACCAUCGAUCAGUAAUAGUUUACUAUGGCUUGCUCCUUUCCUACUUCUUUUCUUUGGUAUAUUUGUCAUUUUUGGUCUCUAUCCAUAUGCUAUCGGAAAUUUAAUCUCACAAAUUUUCCUUUCUACAUAUUCAGCACUUCAUCGACCUCUUUGGGCGUUUGUUAUUUGUUCGAUGGUUUACUUACGCUAUCGAAAUCGUAACAUCGGUAAACUUUUAAAAUUUCUUGAAUGGCGAAUAUUUUCACCAUUUGCAAAAAAUAUUUUUGUGGUAUUUCUAAUAUCAGAACCCGUAUCAUUGUAUCUUUUCUCAUCAUUACAUCGGCCAUUACAUGCUACUGUUUGGUCAUUGCUUAAUAUUGCCACUGGAACGAUUAUUUUAUCAAAUUUCGUAGCAUUUUUAUUGGACAUAUUGAUUUCGAUGCCAAUACAAAAUAUCGUAUUCGAAUUGUUAAAGGAUGAGAAUUCUGAUACAUCAAUUUAUACUGGUGGUAUUCACAGUUCACUGAUUAGUGAUAUAGAAAAAGGUAUCAAAUGAAAUUGGUCCAAAAUGCUUAAUGAAGC